AUGCGAACAGAAAAACUCGAGCAAGCGGACGGCCAGAUCAACAGCCCCUCUUUCCGAACUAUUGGUUCCUCUUUUCCGUCACCUGCAGCAUAUUCUACCAAUAUUCCAGCCGCUAUUCUGCCUAUUGUAAGACCGGAUGACCCAGAACGGUCCUGUAUGGCCUCACCUACCCUGUUUAGAGGUCACAUGACCUGUGCUUCGUAUAUAAGCACGAAUCCUAACAAGCGAAGCUUAGCAGCGAUUUGUCUCUCCUACAAUACACUCCUAUCUCUCCAAGACUUUGCUCUCAGUGCUAUCUGUGCUACCUACUAUCCCAUCUUUACAUCUAUUUCACUAGGAUGGCUUGGCCUUGGCCGCUUGCGGCCAUAUCGGACCAGAAUGAACAAAGAACAAUGGACAUGCCGAGACUCCAACCCCACGGGGGAGGGAUGGACCGAUGCCGGUAGGGACACGGCACACGGGGCUGGAACCCAACAAUCACGACAAUUGCUGGCAGAUAUAUAA